GAGAAUGCGUAUCCCCACCAAAUUUUCUGGUUCCAAGUUGGCAAUUAUGAGUUUGAGAAUCAUGGAAUCAUCGUCUAAGGGGCAAUGGCAAGAAGUACUUUAUAACUGUCAUGAAAUGAGUGAAGCAGGAGCUCUAGUGGACCCUUCCGUGUUCCCACCCAUUCUCAAAGCGUGUACCAACCUUGGGUUCUUGACUCAAGGAUAUUCUAUUCAUGCGCAUGUUAUCAAGAAGGGAUUGGAAUCGUACCCUUCUAUCGGCAAUUCCACUCUGGAUUUUUACAUGAAGAGCGAGGAUAUGGAUUCUGCCUUGGGUGUUUUUGAUUCCCUGAGGAGUAAGGACUCAGUUUCUUGGAAUAUAGUCAUCCAUGGGUGCUUUGAUCAAGGUGCUUCUGAGGAUGGGUUGUGGUUGUUUAGAGAAGCGAGGGUUGCAGGCUUUGAACCAAACAUCUCCACCUUGGUGCUCGUAUUACAGGCUUGCCGACGUUUAAGAGCUCUCCAUGAAGCUUGGAUCAUUCACGGUUUCAUAAUUCGAAGUGGGUUUUCAGAUAUUAUUUCAGUUCAGAAUUCUCUAUUGAGUAUGUACGUGGACUACUCUAAUAUAGAAUCUGCACGUUGUUUGUUCGACAGAAUGCCUGUUAGAGAUGUUAUAUCAUGGAGCGCGAUUAUUGGGGGAUUUGUACACUGUGGGGAAGCUGACGUUGCAAUUGGAUUGUUCCAAGAGAUGUUUUCUGUACCCCAUGUCCAACCAGAUGGCCUUACGGUAGUAAAUGUUCUUAAAGCCUGCACUAGUCUGGAGGACAUUGAUCUUGGAAGAAUGCUCCACGUUUUUGUGAUCUGUAGAGGUUUUAGUUCUGAUUUGUUUAUUGAGAAUUCGUUGGUUUGUAUGUAUUCUAAGUGUAAUGAUUCUGAUUCGGCUUUUAAAAUUUUUUGUGAGGUUCCUCAGAGGAAUAUUGUUUCGUGGAAUUCUAUCUUAUCUGGAUUUGUCCAUAACAAGCGGAAUUCAGAAGCUGUAAUAUUGUUUAUUACAAUGGUCGAGGCUGGAAUCGAGGCUGAUGAGGUGACCAUGGUUACUCUUCUUCAAGCAAUCAAGAACCUCAUACACCCACUGCACUGCCAAUCUGUUCAUUCCAUGGUACUCCGUAGGGGGUACGAAUUGAACGAUCUGGUGUUGAAUUCUUUAAUCGAUGCCUAUGCCAAGUGUGAUAUGGUUGAUCUUGCUUGGAAGCUGUUCAAAAGAAUGACAAGGAGAGAUAUGAUUUCAUGGAGCACAAUGAUUGCCGGUUUCACCCAUUGUGGGAUGCCAAAUGAAGCAAUUACCAUCUUUCAGGAGAUGAAUCAGUUGCAGGAGAAGCCAAAUGCGGUUACCAUGCUGAGCCUUUUGGAGGCUUGUGCGGUUUCAGCUGAUCUGAGAAGGUCAAAAUGGGCCCAUGCUAUUGCAAUUAGAAGAGGAUUGUCAACGGAGGUGGAAGUUGGAACUGCCAUCCUAGAUGUGUACUCCAACUGUGGGGAGAUAGAUCUUUCAAGAAGAGUGUUUGACCACAUGCUUGAGAGAAACGUAAUAUCAUGGAGUGCUAUGAUAGCAGCAUAUGGAAUGAACAGUCGUGCAAAUGAUGCACUUGCUUUGCUUGCUGAGAUGGAAUUGCAGGGUAUGAAGCCGAAUGCUGUAACAAUCCUUUCAGUGUUGUCAGCAUGUAGCCAUGGGGGAUUAGUGGAGCAGGGGCUUUGUUGUUUUGAAAAGAUGGUUCGAAAUCAUGGGUUUGAGCCUCGUUUAGAGCAUUACUCAUGCGUUGUUGAUAUGUUGGGUCGGGCUGGGAAGCUCAAUAGUGCAAUGUAUAUGAUCAAGAAUAUGCCUGAAGGGAUCAAGGCGGGAGCCAGUGCCUGGGGUGCUCUGUUGAGUGCUUGUAGGAGUUAUGGAAACAAUGAAGUUGGUAGAGGAGCUGCAGUGCAUGUACUUGAGUUGGAGCCCUCGAAAUCAGCUGGUUAUCUGCUGGCAUCAAGCAUGUAUGCCGCAGGUGGAUUAUGGGGCAAAGUGGCGAGGAUGAGAGGGUUAGUGAAGGAGAGGGAUGUCAAGGUUGUGGCGGGUUACAGCUUGGUGCACUUAGAGAACAAGCCACAUAGGUUUGUAGCCGGAAAGGUGACUCACCCGCAGGCUGGCGAGAUACAUGCAGUAGUGAAGCACUUGCAUGGUGUUAUGAAGAUUGAUGGGAGAAACGAGACACUUGAAGAUUCCUUUACGUGCUGAAGUUUGAUUUACCCGUGUAGAAGCAAGAAGGC